AAAUUAUCCUUCUUUUGCCCCAAUAUUUGGGCUGCUUUUGCAAAAUAGCCCAAUAGCAAAUUCAGGCCUUUUUGUAUUUGGGCUGGAUUUAUUUUUCUCCAUUUGUAUCUAUUUGUAAAUCUGGUCUGAGAAUUGAAAUCCCCAACUCUUCCAUUCCUCCGAUUCUCCGCAGCUAAGAGCCGCCGCCGUCGUCGCCGUCGCCGCCGCACAGUAGGCGUCGCUCAACCGGCACAAAUGCAAUCGAUUUUAAUGCCUGCUCAAGAAUCCUAUUUUAUUUUCCGAAUUUUGAACGGAAGCUUCCAAACCCUAGAUUACUUGAAGGACCAGAUUGCCCUUUAUUUUACCCAGUUCAUUUGCUCCAAAUCCAGCUUCGAUUUAAUUGAAUCGAGGAGUAUAAUUAGAGAUAGCGAUUGGAAGAGGGAAGAAAUUUCUGACGGAGAAGGAGAGCCGAGGGGCGCAGUUUUCAAUGCAUUGGAUUCGAUGUUAAAGGGCAGUUUGGAUCGCUUAAAAACGAUGAGGGAAAGCAUAAGUUGGGUCCACGCAUAUAGUAGUGACGACAUAUCGGAAACAAACUACACGAGUGAUGUAACUAUGAUAAGAGCUUUGUGUUUAGAAGGUAAAUUGGGAACAUCUUUAUGGCUUUGGCGUUCAGUGGUUCAACAGCUAAGAACUCCCGAUGUACUCACACACAAUUACCUUAUAAACGCGCUUUGCAAAAGCGGUGACUUGUGGCGAGCAGAGUGGCUUGUUAAUGAGAUGUUAAACCAGGGUCCUUCUCCGACUUGUGCUACAUACAACACUUUAAUGAACGGUUAUUGCCUUGCCAAUAAGGUGGAUAAAGCUCUCGAUCUUUUCUCUACCAUGACUAAGCGUGGGAUAAGUCCGAAUAGAGUCUCGUGCAAUAUUCUUGUCCACGCACUUUGCCAGAAGGGCUUAUUGGGGGACGCGAAAAAGCUGCUCGAGAAAAUAUUGGAUGAUGGCAGUGAAGGGGAUAAUGCUUCGAGUUUAAUCACGUCAACUAUACUUAUGGAUGGUUAUUUCAAGAAUGGCAACACGGAUGAAGCUCUUGCGUGCUGGAAUGGCGUAUUACAGAGGGAUGUUGUUGCGUAUAAUGUUGUUAUCCAUGGGUACUGUCUGAACGGGGACAUAAACCUCGUGUAUAAAUCUUUGUGCGAAAUGUUUAAGAGUGGUCACCUUCCUGACAUUUUUACGUUCAAUACUAUUAUUAGCAAGCUUUGCAAGUCUGGUAGGAUCCACGAGGCGUGUUAUGUUUUUAGUGUUAUGUCUAGGAUGGAUGUUUUUCCGGAUCAUAUCACGUAUAAAAUGAUUAUCCAAGGUUUGUGUAUUAAUGGGGAUGUAGUUGGAGCGGAGAAUUUUCUUUCGCACAUGCUGGAGAAUUCGUUCGUACCCAAACCCCUCAUUUGGAAUGUCGUAAUCGAUGCCUAUGGGAAAUUUGGACACAUCGAGAAGGCGUUGUUCGUGAAAAAUCAAAUGAUUGAAUAUGGUGUUGGGCCUAAUGUUCACACGUACAAUGCUCUGAUUCACGCAGAAAUAAGAAAUGGGAGUAUCGAAGAGGCUCAUUAUUUGAGGAAAGAGAUGCUUAUGAAUGGGUUUUUUCCGGAUUUAGUGACUUACAAUUUAUUGAUUGGUGCUGUUUGUAAUCUUGGUGAAGUCAGUUCUGCACUACAGCUACGUGACGAAAUGCUUAGAAGGGGUUGUACGCCGGACGUAAUAACUUAUACUGAAUUACUUAGAUGUUACUGCAAGCAAAGCAAAAUGAAGGAGGCUGAAGAGCUCUUUUUCAAGGUGCAGAGUUCGGAUUUACCGAUUGAUCAUGUGCCGUUUCUGAUACUAAUGAAAAAAUGGUUCAAGAUGGGAGAGCUGGAUAAAGUGUUUGACCUUUAUCAAAUUUGGUGCAAAAGGGGGAGUUUGAAAAGUUAAUGAUUGAAAAAUUUGGUGUAGCAAUCAUAUUGGAUAAUGCUCUAGAAUUUCUACGUUGGAUCUGUUUGCUGUGAGGAUCCGCUGGGAUCUGCUCCUAGAGAGAUUUGAUGUGCUGCUGCUGGAGAUGUAACUAUCAUGGCAAAUAGCUCAGUUUGUGACUUCAACACACUUCACAGUUAUUUGUACACUUUGGAAUUCCAAUGGUUGUACUAAUCAAAGAUGAUAAAGCAGAGUGGCAUCGGUAUUUGUAACCACUAAUCUGAGACGGGCAAGAUUUUGGCUACUUAUUCCCACCAGGGUUUUAAUCGGGAUUCUUGAACGCUGCAUCGAUAAACCCUUCGUUCAUUCCCCUCCCUUGGCAUCAAGUUCCCAUGAUAUUCUGUCUUUUAAGGUGGAUAUCGGAGAUCGAAAGUUACUGCAGUUUUACAGAAAGAUAUCUUGUAACCCAGAGCUGUACUGCUUGCCUAUUAUCCAAGUUGCCAGGAGGAACAGAGAUUACGGUAUUUUCCCUGCUGUUCCUUAUAUGGCUACAUAUACGAAGCUGUUACAAGAUAUAAGACUGAUGGAUUCACAUUUGUACGUUACCUCUACCUUCGUUUUCUCCUCCCCUCUCAUUUUUUGCUGCUCGUAAUCUGUAAAGGCUUAUGCAUUACGUUCUUU